AUGUCGUCCACGAAUUGUAACGACUCCAGUAGUCAACAUUCAAAAAAAGAUGAAACAUCAGAUAACGAAAAAACACAUCAUCAAAAUGAUGAAGCAUUUACGGAUAAUGAAGAGAUAUUAGAGGAAUCUCUUGAUUUUAAAGAUCCCCUUCGCAGAGUUAAAUUAUAUCAUCUAAGUGAUUCCGGUCAAUGGAUAGACAAGGGAACAGGACAUGUUCACUGUGAAUCACAAGAGACUUCUACUGAAAAAAACCUCGUGCUCAUUUCUGAAACAUCGGACGAUGUUAUUUUGAAUUCUGCGGUUUCUACAGACGAUAUUUAUCAAUUACAAAAUUCAACAUUAAUAGUUUGGAGCGACCCAGCAAUGAAAAUAGAUAUGGCGCUUAGUUUUCAACACACAAACGGCUGUGUCAUGAUAUGGAAUCAAAUAAGAAAGGUUCAAGGAAAGCGACCUGAUGGAAAGGAAAUAGUUGAAAAGAACAACCAACCAGAAGAUGAUGAGGAACUAGGUGACAUGGGCGAUGAUUUAGAUGAUGAUUUAGUGAAUAUAGGUUUAAACGGAAGCUCUUUAAGUAUUGCAUCAACAUCGAGUACUAUACCAAAAAUUGAGCUACCAGAGCCAUCGGUAAAGAACGUACCAUCGAUAUUAUCAACAAUUCUUGAACAUAGAUUUAAAAUUGCAAGAUAUAUCAAACCAGAUUAUAUUUCAAAACUAUUUGAUGUUUUUAAUGAAUGUGAAGACAUUGAUAGUGUUGAAGAUUGUAGGAUUUUAUUCAAGAUAUUCACAAACCUUAUCUCUUUGGACGAUUCUGAUAUUCAUGAUAUUCUUUUAUCUCCUAAUAAUAUCAUGAAACUUAUUGGAGUUCUUGAAUAUGAUCCAGAUUUACCAACUAAAAAAGCAAAUCACAGAAAUUACUUACAAAAUGUUGUAGUUUUUAAGGAAGUAAUUCCAUUCAAUAACCCAACCAUCUUGGAAAAGAUUCACCAAACUUUCAGAAUACAAUACAUUAAGGAAACCAUUCUCGCAUCUAUCAUCGACGAUCAAACCUUUGGUGCUCUUAGCACCAUUAUAGCUAGAAAUAAUAUUGCAAUAAUUACAGCAAUUAGAGAUGACCAAGAAUUUUUGAAAAAAGUUUUCUCCACACUACUAUCUAAUGACAUAUCUGUUGAAAAACAGAAGGAUCUUUCUAAAUUCCUUUCCGAGUUUUUCAAUUUAAUGAAACAUCAGCACAUCAACACAAGGUUAGAAAUGUACAAAAAAUUUAUUACUGAUUAUCCAUUGCUAGAUGUUGCUGAAAAAUGUCUUCAAAGUCCAAUAGUUUCUAUACGACAUAUUUAUUCUGAAAUUCUUACUUCCCUUGCUCAAACAGUUCAUAUAAGCUUUUUGGGAGAGAUCAAGCAGAGACAAAUGAGAAAUGAUUUUGAAUUCUUACGGGUAGUCAUCAAAACCAUUGUGUGUGAACCAGAGUUAGGUAUACAAGACAAUCUGACCGAAGUUAUCAAGUUAUUGAUGGAUCCUGAAACUCUAUUAUCCAACUCUGAUCAAUUUAUUGAUCAGUUUUACAAACAUCAUAUCGAGUUGGUUGCUUCUCCCAUUCUAUCUCCGGAAACUACCAUAAAUACCUUUACGAAGGUUUCUGUUAGAGUGAGCUGCAUCAUCCAUUCCCUCGAACUACUUUCAUUUGCUGUUACCAAUCACAAGCAUAGAAGCAAGAAUUUUUUAAUUUCCCAUGACGUGAUUUCCAAAGCAAUACAUUUACUUGACGUAUACAAAGAGAAAGAUUUAGUUCUAUCAGUUAUUAGAUUUUUUAAAACUAUUAUUGGAAAAAACGAUCUCCUUCUCCACAAUUACAUUUUAACUCACAAUCUUUUUGACCCUAUUAUGGAAAUUUGGAGGAAAAAUGCUACAUGCUACAACUUGAUAAAUUCAGCAAUUAUUGAUUUAUUUGACAUGAUGACACGUCUGUCAAACACCACUAGAUUAAAACAACACUGUGUGGAAAGGUUUAGGAGUGAUUUUGAGAAAGUAACAUAUAUUGAAACAUUCAACCAAUUAAUUUCACAACAAGAGCAAAAAGAAAAGGACGAAAAUACAGAGGAAUCUCAACAUGACAUUGAGGAUGAUGACGCAUAUUUUAAUGACAGUUAUGAAGCUCAAGAAGAGUCCCAACAAAACACUUCUCUCAUUGCUCAAGAGUCUUCUCCAGAACGUGGUAUGACAACCUCUGAAGAUGAAGAUGAACUUUUUUUCAGUCUAGCCAACCACAAGAACAGUCAUAACCAAGAAGAUGAUGAAUCUGACGACGUUUACUCGGAAAGCUCUGCAGUCACUCACAUUCCAAAAACUCACGAGAAUGAGCCUUUGAGUCCACAUAAGCAUUUACAAAUAAGUUUGAAAGCAAACACAACUUCACCAACAAAAGGAGAGGUGGAACCAACAGCUAAAAAGGUAAAGCUAUAA